AUGCUUUGGGUGCUUUUAAGCUUAGCAAUUGCAGUAUCCGGGUCCAAAAUUCUUGUGCUGCUUGAUAGCUGGGACAUUAAAGACACUCAUGCCAAAUAUUUCAAUUUUCUCGAAUCUCAAGGCAACCAACUUACAUUCAGAAUGGCAGAUUCAGCAGGAAUCAAGAUAGAAAAGUAUGGAGAAGCUUUAUAUCAGGCCAUCCUUCUCGCUGCACCUUCAGUAGAAGACUUGGGUGGGAAAACCACUGUUGAUGACCUACUAUCUUUCUUUGACACCUAUGAAGGAUGCACCAUGCCUUUUGAUUGUGAUUUUCCCCCCAACAGAAUCUUCUCAAUUCAAUAGACAUUUAAGUGGCAAAAACCCGCUAUUUUCGACCAAUGUCUGACAAGAAAAAAAUUCGACCAAAUAUCCCAGGCUAUGUCUGCAACGAAAAUGUCCCCGAGGAGAAAAGUUUCACCAUGAAGGAAGCAUCAUUAUGUUUGCUGAUACCGAUGCUGGGCUUUUAUACAGGAAAUUAGCCAACAAUUUUGGGUACGAUUUUUAUGAGCAAGGGGCUAGAGUUUAUAAUGCUGAUAAAGACACUGUUGUAAAAACCACUAAUGUGACAGCACCAGAAAUAAUCGCGGCUAAGGCAGCCAAGCCAAUUCAUUUGUCUGGUGUGCCUUUUUAUAUGAAAAAAGAGACCUCGCUAUCUGUAUCAACACUUGUGGCAUCCAGCAAGGCUUUUGUUCAAAAUGACUUGAAAUUCAAAGACAAGUACUCUGACUCCGGCUCAGAAAUAAUCCUUGGUGCUGCUACACAAGGCAGAAAUAAUGCAAGAUUCGUCAUUCUUGGGUCUUUAGAUAUAUGUAAAAAUGAAUUUUACGAUGACUCAACCAAAGGCAACAAAGAUUUUUGCCAACAAAUUUCUGAUUGGGCUUUGAAAAAUAAAGGAGUUUUAAGAUACUCAGGAAUAACUAACUACAGAGUUAGUCAACACACUAAACCAGGGACAGUAGAAAAGGGCUAUUUAGAGAAGGAGUAUACAGUGAAAGAUAAGGUUUAUUACUCAAUUGAUAUUGAAGAGUACGACGGAAAGACGAAGACAUGGAAGCCUUUUACUUCAAGCAAGGUUUAUGUGGAUUUCAUUAUGCUUGAUCCAAAGAUCAGAAAAUAUUUGUCAAACAAUAAUGGACUGUUUUAUACUGAGUUUGUUGCUCCUGAUGUACAUGGAGUCUAUCAGUUUAAGGUUCAUUUUAACCAGCCUGGAUACACGUGGAUCAAUACGGCAACUGAAGCGUCGGUAAGACCCUAUAGACAUAACCAAUAUGAAAGAUUCUUGAUUUGUGCUUAUCCUUAUUAUCUUACUCCCCCCUCCGUGAGUGAACAAAACCAUUAGAAAAAUCGCUAUUUUUUGCCCAAAAACCCACCCUCCGUGAGUGAACAAAAAUUUUUUUAAUAGAAAAAUAUUUUAUGGGAAAAAAGUUUUAAUAUAUAAAUGAUAAUUAGUAUAAUGAAAUAUAGAGCUAAUUCUGUUUAAUUUUUAAACAAAUUGCUUUUUAAAACAUAAAUUUUGCAAAUUGAAUUAAUGUUUGCUUUCCAAUUUUUGCAUAUUAGGAUUUUUUUAAAUUUCGAAAAAAAAUAUUUUUUAUAAAAUUUAUAUAUAUAAUUUUUUUUAAAAAAAAAAAAUUAACCCCCCCUCCGUGAGUGAACAAAAUUUUUUUGUUCACUCACGGAGGGCGGGGGAGUUAGCGUUUUCAGCACAAUCGUUGGGUUUUUAGUGUUCAGCUUUUAUUUCCUUUAUCAUAAAGAUACUUAA